AUGUGGCAGAAUAUCAUCAUCUUUCUACAGCUAACGGAGCACAUUGCUUUUGCUCUUUCAAACAACAAUACCUUCACAAUGACAAAUGACAAUUCCGCAACAAUUCAGCAAGACGUGGACGAGGAAGACUACAACUCCGCCGAGGAUGAAGAUUUUGAGCUAGGCGCAGCGCAAGACGACUCCGAUCUCUCCUCCGACGCCGACGAGGCCGCAGAACCCGCCAAAAAGAAGCGAAAGACACAAUCGCGAUCACAUGCCCCGGAAGAUCCAGAGCUAGACUCCGGAGAUGAAAUCACAAUCCAAAAAGCGAAGGAGAAGAAAGAGAAGAAGCGCAAAGGAAAGAAGACCAAGGCCAAACGGGCGCGUGAUAGCGACGACGAUGACGAUGUUGACAUGGACGACGACGAGGGAGGAGCGGGCGGAUUCGUGCGAACACGCGCAAUGAAAAAGCACAUACGAGAGGAAGAAGCAGAGCGCAAACCGCUAGCGAAAAUCGACGGCGCGACCGUGGAUGUUGACGCUCUAUGGGAGCAGAUGAACGCUCCUCAACCCCGAAAUGACCAACGAUCACCACAGCCCCCGCAAGCCGCGACCGUCCCCGAACCCGAACCUACAAGCCAGUCUGGGAUGCAGGAUCAACCGCCCCCAGAUGGCGACAAGAAGACGGCCGAGUCGCAUGGGGAUCAAAUGGUCAAGAUCAAGCGCACCUACAAAUUCGCAGGAGAGUGGAUCACGGAAGAGAAGGUUGUGCCCAAGCACUCUGCGGAGGCGAAGGCAUUCCUUUCGAGCGGGGAGAACGUCGAAUACACUGAUGAAGACGCGGGCGCGACUCUCAAUCUGCGCCGUCCCCUUCGCAAGAUCUCGCGCUUCGAUCCCAAUCCGACCGGCGCGAUCAAGAAAAGCUGGGAAAAGCAGCUCGUUGCCGAGAAGGAUGCGCAGGGCCCCAAGAUCAACACCGUGGAGAAAUCAAGACUCGACUGGGCCUCGUAUGUCGACCAGGCUGGUAUCAAGGACGAGCUCCGUACGCACAGCAAAGCCAAGGAGGGCUAUAUGGGUCGUAUGGACUUUUUGGGUCGCAUGGAGAACAAGAGAGAGGACGAAAGGCGCGAAGCACGGCUCAAGAACAUGUGA